UGAGUGAAAGGUUUGUUUAUAGUAAAGCAGCACAUAGAACCUCUCCUCUUUAUCACCACUAGUUACCAUUGUAAAUACGAUAAUAGGAUUAAUUCUAGAUUGUGUUAGCGCUGAAAUAGGUCAAUUAGUCGCCGAAGGAAGUUGCAGAUUUGCGUGAUGUCUCAGGAAAAUAGUAAAUACGUUAUAUUGAAUCAUGACCAAUUGACUGAUAUCCAGAUUCCCAUCAGGUCGACACAUAGAAUAAAGUACACAUGUUUUGCGGUCUCACAAAAGUACUUAGUGUUUGGAGCUACUAGUGGAGGUGUAUAUGUUUUCAGAAGAUCACCUUGUCAGUUUAUCCAUUUAAUUGCAACAAAGGAAGGGCCAAUAGGAAAACUUACGAUUUCAAAGGAUGAAAGGUUUAUCGCAAUAUCUUCCCUUCAAGGAGCUGCUUGCAUUUUAGAAUGGGACGAAGAAGAGGACAAGUCUAAAAUAAUUAAUAGAUCUUUUGAACACAAUGGGUCUUCAAUUACGGAGAUGGUUUGGGCUGAGACAAAUCAAUUGUAUAUUGGAGAUAGCAUGGGAAGAUUGUCUGUGAUUAAUAUAUCAUUAUGUGUGAGCAAAAAUAUUUUUCUCCUACCUUCUUUUGUAUUUAUGCAACUCGAUUCUGGAAUUGUACAAAUAUCAUGCUUUGAAAACUACCUUCUGAUAUCAACAGAGAAAUGGUGUUAUGUGUGUGAUACUGCAAAAGAACAUUACAAGCAGAUCGGAAGUAAACCUCGUGAAGGAGUUUAUGGAGCUUGUUUUUACACCAGCUCAAAUGAUAUAAAAAUAUACAGCGCUCGUCCUGGAUCAAGACUUUGGGAAGUGAAUUUAAGUGGAACUGUUCUUAGUACACAUCAACUCAAGAAAGUUUUAGCGAUUCAACCGACACCAAUCAUUUCUUUAAGAGAAAAUAGGAUCAUCGUUCAGAUCCAACAAUCAUGGCCCGAUCAGCCAUUUAACUUUUGUUAUUUAUUGAACUUUUUAGACAGGUUUUUACUAACGUUUAAAAAUGACGGCAUAUACAUAAUAGAUCCUAUUGCUGUAAAAGUCGUUGUAUGGACUAAUAUUUAUUGUAAUAUUUCCAGCGUUAAAUGUAUUUCGAAUACUAUUUACAUUUGGACUUCAUCUGGAAACUUGCAUUGUAUUGAUGCUAUGCAAGUAAAUCAGUGCUUAAUUGAACUGUAUUUCAAAGAAAAUUUUCCUUUGUGUAUGGAUUUGUGUGAAAUGUAUUUGGAUGACUUUGUUCAGCCUGAAGAUUUUCAUCAGCUAACUCCACUUGCAGGAUUAAAAGAUUUUAUUCCACAUGAAAAGAAAGAAUUGAUCAAUUUUGUGAAUAAAUUAGAAAAACAUAAUUCUAAUAUCCAAUCCAGUACAAAACUUGAUUCUGGAAUUUUUUUAGUAGAGAAUAGACAUUGGAAAAAAUGGAAAGUAAAUGAAAAUAGAAAUGCACUUAAACUCAACAAGAUUCCUUAUUAUAACAAAACUCGCAGUCUUCCUCAUGACAUACUGGGCUCUGGGCAACGGUCAAACAGUUAUAGAUUACAGCAGACUCUUUCACUUCCAGAUUUUCAUCUAAUUGUAGAACCAUUAAACAGUAACAGCACUGCAUUGGAUGCUCUAUUUGAAAAUUCCAGUAAAAGUGGAAUUAUCCCAAAAAUACCUUUUCUUUCUAUAGCAUCUCCUGAAAUUUUUCAUUCUACAAUAUCAGAAUUGCAUCAAAAUGUUUCAGGAAAAUUGUUAUCUGGGACAAAAACAUUGCGAAGCAAAUGGCAAUAUUUAGAAGGAAAAUUUAAAUUCUUGAUGCUUAAUUCUAGUCCUAUUAAUUCAGAACAAUGUAAUUCCAUCAAAUGGAAAGAGCCUCCUAUCUCCUGUAAUAAUUUGAAUGGUACUUGUGAUAAUGAUGAUGGUGAUGAUGAUGACAUAAUACCAUCUUCGGAGAAAUCAAAGCUUUCAAAAUCAGACAUUGACGUAUCAGAAAUUAAAGAAGCAUUUAACUCAAUUUCAAAGACUGAAGAACCUAAAAAAGAUUUAGUGUUCAAAUUGUUCGAUUCAAUUUUGUAUUGUUACAACAUGAUAUGUGCACAAGAAUCAAAAAGAACUGCUUCAAAAGGAAAAUCGGUAUUUCCUUUUAAUACAAUCCUCCCAACUGAAUGUAACGAUUUAAUAAAACACCUAUUACACAAUUAUAUAAAGAACGGUAAAAUGUUCUCGUAUAUAGAAAACAUCAAUGAGUCAUUGAUUGGAAAUUUUGAUUUUCCAGAACACCCACAAUUACUCACUGAAGUUUACACAGCUUAUCAAUUAAAGUUAGAUUGUUAUUUGAGAAAUAUAUUAUUUGUAUUCUCGGAACUAAUUGAUCCUUUUGUUAUAUUGUAUAAUCUUGAGACUAGUAAAGUGCCUUGUGUUUUUCAUAGUUGGAGCAUAAUUUUGGACACAUUUCAAGAAAGUGCAUUGAAUUACAUAACGACUGAUAAUUCUAAUGGCUUCGAAUAUAAGAGUUGGCCAUUGCCACUUUUAUUAAACACAAUUUUUCUUAUGUUUCGUUUACAACAAAUUGAUUCCAGCUACUAUAUGUCUACAGAAUCAUCCCUUAAGUUUUACCACAUAUCGUUUUUAAUUUUGAAACUCUCACUUUAUUUUGAAUCGACGGGGAUGACGAAAGAAGAAAGGGAAAAAAUAUGUAAUGAACUUUUGUUAAAGUAUGUUACAAAAAUGUUAGAAAACCAGUGUUUUAAGAUUGACUAUUUGUUCGAUUUCACAGUCGCAUACCAUUUAGAAUCUGCUUUUCUUAAAUUUAAUUAUCCAUUUUUUCCUAUUUGCGCUUGUGGUCAUCCUAUUUGUGAGAAAAUUGAAACUGAUUCUACCUUUAGCACCAUCGGGAAGCUUCUUCUUUACAUGCAAUUAAUAAAUUAUAAAACACCCAACCACAGGAUUUUGCACAAUGAAUAUCCAGUUUUUAUUUCCUCGUCUGAUAGUGAAGAUAUCGUAAUUCAAAGGUUGGUCAGAACUCACAUUAAAGAUAAAAAUAUAAUUCCCAAUGAAAGUUUAAAGCUGGAAAAUCUAAAGCCUACUCAUGAGGAUAUAGAUGAAUUUUCUUAUAAUAAUAAAUUUGGUAGAUUAAUGAAAAUGCUUCAGGCUCUUCCAGAACUAUUUAGUGUAGUGAUGAAAUGUGUAGUAAACAAUAUAAACGAUGUAAUCCCGUUCAUCGUGCAAUAUGCCGCUUUGGAUGAUUUGAAUUAUUUAGCUGUUCCAAUGGAUGAAAAAAUGUGGAUACUCCUGUGUGAUUCGACUGUGAAAUUUUCAAAAGGGAUGUGUUGUAUCUGUUCAACUCCUUUUUCACAUCAUAUUGAAAUGGACUGGAAUACAAUAGCAAUAACAAUGCUCAAAUCAUUAUUCGCCAGUAAGACUAUUUCAUUACUCAAAAAUUAUUCAAUGGAUAUUGGUGCUGAAGCUUUAGAUGUAAGAUUUUAUCGUGCCUGUAUUUUAAGCAGUGCUUUAGGUUCAGGAGGAUACAAAAAUCAUGCAUCGAUAAUCAACAAUUAUUAUUAUGAUGUUUCUACGUCACUUGCCAAAGAAGUGUCUGAGGACACCGAUUUACUGCUGUUUGAAGAUACUCCCCAGUGUACACCUAGCGUCAUUCAGACAAAAUAUUCAAAUACAUGGGGAAUCCAAGUUGACAUCAACGUAGAUGUUUGUGGAAGGUGUGCUCUUGUGUUGAAUUCAAAAAAUCUGGCACAGAAUGGAUUACGGGCAUUUAAAUGUGGCCAUGUGUAUCACACGAUUUGUUUACACCUUGCCUGUUCUAAUUUUAAUUGUCCUAUUUGUGCAAGUAGAUAAGGUUUGUUUUAAUUUAAUCAAUACAACAAACAUUGAAAUUGCCUGGUUAAGAGAAUAGGAUUACUCUCUAGGAAACAGCACGUGGAUGAAAUGAAAAUUAUAAAAUAAAAUUUCUAUAUUUUUUAAAUAUUUAAAAACUUAUUUCUUCCUUAACUAAUGGGUAAUGAUUAUAAAUGUGACAGAGAGUCGAACUUGUUAUUUAGUGUAUUCUCGUUUCAAAGUAAAGAGAAGAUAACUAGCAUGCUAAUAACACAAAUUAAAAAUUGUAAUAAACACGUACAAUUACUUGUAUGUAGAUACACAAGAAUGUUUUUGCACACAUAUCUUCUUAAAGUGGUUUUAUGCAAAAACCUCAAAGCCUUACCUAAAACCAAAUGAUUCACCAAAUAUAAACAUAAUUAAGUUUUCAAUUAUUCAAAUUUUAUAUUAGGAUAUGUUAACAUAUAGAAAAUAAUCCAGAAUGGUCAGAAUAAUAUGUUUGCACACCAAAUUAUGGGUGUUAAUUUUCAAACAAAUAGUUACAACUUUUUUUCCAUCAAAUUAACCCUUUUUAA